GCAGGCUCAGAAAUCAGGAGCUGAAACCGGCUAGAGCAGAGAUUUGAGAUCACCAAUAGAACAUUGAAGAAGUGUCAGAGUAAUUCAUGAGGAUUGGAUGACGCUUUAAGCAUGUGUCAGCGCAUCGAUGAUGUCAUGAAGCUGUGUUGCGAGUUAUCAGCCAAUCAGCAGAUCCAGACCACAGUGAAAGGCUCAGGGAAGGGGGCAGCGGCGGCGGGGGGGCUGGCCUUCGCUGGAGGGCUGGUCGGGGGGCCUCUCGGUAUAGCAGUCGGAGGCGCUGUCGGAGGCCUGCUGGGCUGCUGGCUGACCAGUGGACAGUUCAAACCUCUGCCUCAGAUCAUCAUGGAGCUCAGUCCUCAGCAGCAGCAGAAGCUCUACGACGACCUCGUGGUCGUCCUGGGAGACAUUCAGUGGACGGAUUUGGCUCAGCUCACGGCGUUGGUGAUGGGAAACGCCACCCUGAAGCAGCAGCUCACCGGCGCCCUGCUCGGCUACAUCACCAAGGAGCUGCAGGCCAACGUGCACUAUAUGGACUAAUGACCUGCUUCAGGGGGACGUGGACUGACUCUGGAGCUGGAGAGACUUUGAUCGAAUGUGAAAAACACAGGAUGUUAACUUGCACACACACCUACUGGAAACACUGGUUAAUAAUGUAUCCUCCAUAUUGUGAAAAAUACUUAAAGACGAAGCCUCCGAAGUACUAAGAGCUGCUCCUAGUGACACAAUUCUAAGAAGUCUAAGAAUUUCCCCUGAAAGUUCAGACUAGAUCCUGGUACAAAUGAAAGUUAUCCACAAAACGUCUUAGCCCUUAAGAGAGCUAGUGAGGAGGACUUUUUAACAGGCUGAGGAGAAAAAAGAGAAAUGUUCUUCAAACACUACAUGAAGAACAUUAUUGAAUCAUAGUUGGGCAGAACAGACAAAAAUGAUUCAUAAUUACUGAAUGUCUGACUCUAGAUUCUAUGUUUGACUUUUUUCUCCAUUUUCUUGGAUUAAGCAAUCACAGCUUCUGAAAAAAAGUUGUCAUACCUAGCAACGGGGUGGACCCCGCCUCCUCACUAAGAUAAGAGUUUCUGUCUCUUCCUCGCUCAGAGUCGCUCUGAGAAUGUUGCUAAAUCACUCCUAGGUUAAAAUCCAGUUGCUGUGAUUUUUUAUGCUAAGUUAGGAGCUCUCUGAGGAUCUGAAUACGGGUCCCGCUGAAUUUAUUCUCGGAAGUGCAAUUAUUUAUUGAAAUGGAUUAUUUAUUACGCUUUAUAGGGGCUGGUAAUCAUGUCUGACUUUAAAGUUCCCCCGACAGUAAAGUUCAGUGUUUAGAUAUAAAGAGGUUAGACACUGGAGGAGAGCAAACUGUACAAAUAUCUAAUACAUAUAAAAGGUUAAGAAGAGGAGGAAUAUACCAGCGUCUGUGUUUAAUACAAAGCUGUCACUGAGAGAAACUCUUUAUUGCUGUGAAGGAUUUCAUCCAUUAAAAUGAAGUGUUUGUAUUUCA